AAAUAAUUUAUCUGGUCACUCAGCUGACGUCUAUCUGAGCGUACAAGUCCAUCGAUUCACUUCACCCAUUUCCAUUUCGCCUGCUUCUCCCCGAUCGUCAACGAGAGCCCGCCAGGAUGACCGGAAAAUCUCCUCCGCCAUCCAAGACGGCGUCGCUCGACCGCCCUCUACACGCCGUGGGCUUUCAAUACGACCUCCUUUCCUCGGAAAGGCUCACCGGCCACCUCACCAUCACUGAAUCAUGCUGCCAGCCGUUCAAGGUUCUGCACGGCGGCGUGACAGCGAUGAUAGCGGAGGGCAUGGCGAGCAUGGGUGCAUAUAUUAACUCCGGCUUCAAACGCGUCGCUGGCGUCCAGCUCUCCACUAACCAUAUCAGAGCAGCCCAGCUUGGCGAGCUUGUUCAUGUUGAGGCCAUCCCUAUUCAGCAAGGCAGAACCAUUCAGGUAUGGGAAGUGCAACUAUGGAAGAUCGACCCUUACAUCUCAGGUGACAAGAAAAGGCUAUUGCUAUCAACGUCUAGGGUUACACUGCUAAGUAACUUACCAUCAUUCAAGGAGAUGAAAGGCUUUGAAGAUACUGUGAAGAAGUAUGCUAAGCUGUGAGAUGAUUUGACAGAACUGUUCUGUUCUGUAUCACAUAUUUGUUUAUGAUUAUGACUGCAUGUUAGCUAGCCUAUGAAUCUGUGUCAAGUAACGGAUUUCAACUGAAAUCCCGUUUGUACAUCUAGUAGUAUACAUACCUUCAAGGUUAAGAGAAUGUACACCACUUUUCCUUUACGAGUAGAGGGCGUUAAAAUGCAGCAGGCGAUGAUCAUCUAGUUUUUUUUCAA